AUGGAUACCUUGAGAGCGAUUUUGACCUAUUCUCAAGAAUGGUUUUUCGCACCCCGAUGCUGUGUAUGUUUAAGGCGUUUCCAUUCAGCGAAGCCCAUCAUCAGGCUAGAAUGCGAUCAUCUAUAUUGCGUCAAGUGCCUUAAGGGCUCCUUCUUCAGGGCUACCCAGGAACCAUCCCUUUUCCCGCCCACGUGCUGCAAGACCGUGAUACCCCUGCGUCUAGCAAAAGAGUACAUGACCGAAAAAGAACUCUACGAAUACGACAAAGCAAAACUUGAAUUUUUGACAAUCAACUGGACUCGCUGCAGUAAGAAGACGUGCCGCGUACCGAUUCCGCCCAGCCGGGUCACAGCAUAUCAGGCCAGAUGCCUCUGUUGCGGCACCUCCACCUGUGUUUGGUGUAAAGCGGCCUCCCCCCUUAGGAAUGAGUGUGAUAAGAAGCCUGCUCUAAGCCAAACCCUAUCUCCAAAAGACAACUUAGGCUGGCAGCAGUGCUUUGACUGCAAGGCUCUAGUAGAGAGAACAAGUGGUUGUAGCCCGACAAUGUGCUCUAGAACCAGAUUCUGUAACGACUGUGGCAGAAGACGUUCGAUCUGCCGUUGCGGAAUGGAGCAGGCGAAGGACCUUUACCAGGCUCGACAAUUGUCGGAGGAAUAUACACAGAGAUGGUGA